CACACAGCUGGUCCCCCUUCCAUACCCACCCCGACCUUGGGUGUCCCUCUGGCGGACCCGUGUGAACAAGAGUCUAGUUCAACUGCAAACGCUUAGACAGUUCAGUCGUGGCCAGUCCUCUCCUCGAAACGGACGUGCCUAUUUUUCUAGAAACAAAAUCCUAUUUUACCUUCUGUUGUAUUUUACAAGUCCUCUUUUUGCGUUUUCUCGCAGAGUUCUCUAUUUCCAAGAAAAAAACAAAAACUUGAAACAUUGUGAAAUCUUAAAGUGAAAUCCACCGAUUAUUUGUUGCUUAGCAGCAACUCAACAGUGCAAACCUGUCCAAACAUGUUUUGGUGACCAACCAUCCAAGAAAAAAAAAAAACACAUUUUUGUUUCCCCUUUGAAAACUUUUGAACAUUUUCUUUUUUUCUCCCCCGUGUUUUUUGUUGUGUGUAUGUCUGCGUUUCUUCGUGUGUGUCGUGUGUGCAAGUGAACGCACGUAGAGAAGAACAUCAACGAAAAUGUCGAAUCCAAAAGUGUCUUCGAUUAUGGCCGUUGUUUUGGUGACUGUCGCUCUGGUCAACUGUUCGUCGGUGCCGAGUUGCCAAUGGCAACAGCCAGCAGCCGAUGAAAGCAAUGACGAAUCUUCGCUUCGCUGUCAAUUGCGGACGCUCCAGCCGGCUGAAUGGGAAUCUCAGCUGGCCCGAGUUUCUCAUCCGGAGCGGGCCACUUCGCUACGGAUCGAAUGCAGCGACGUUCUCUUUUUUGAAUCGGCUCUGGAGCGAGACAUUCUCAAACGAUUGCCGCGCCUCAGGCAGUUGAGCGUCUCUUCGUGUAAAGUGCGAGCCAUCCAGCCCGGCUCGUUGGCCAGUCUUCCCGAACUCAAACGGCUCUCCAUCCGCACCCACAACACUGACUGGCCCGCCAUGGCUCUCACCCUCACUGACCAAUCGUUGGCCGGCAUGCGAGAAUUGAGAUAUCUCGAUUUGAGCGACAAUAGCCUCAUUUCAACACCAGACGGCCUGUUUUGCUCGCUGGCCAGCCUGUCUGGAUUGAACCUGUCUUCCAACCGGCUCCACGAUGUCGCUUCGCUCGGAUUCAAUUCCGCCGAUGAAGAGUGUCUUCAAGAACUCACUGAACUCGAUCUGAGCUGGAACGGCAUUGCCGAACUUCAUCCGCUUGCGCUGCGAGCCCUUCGCAAACUCCAUUCGCUUUCCAUGCAGCACAACGGACUGACUCAUUUGGCUGACCAGUCGCUCGCUGGAUUGGAAUCGCUGCGCAUGUUGAACUUAUCCAGCAACGAACUGUCUGUUUUGCCACCGGAUCUCUUCCGCGAUUGUCACGAUCUUCGCGAACUGGAUCUCCAUCAAAACAGUUUGUCUGUUUUGCCGCUGGGCAGUUUCGCCGGACUCAGUCAACUCCAGGUGCUCGACUUGUCUCGUAACUCUUUGGGUCCCAUCCAUCGCGACACGUUUGCCGGACUUUUACGUCUGGUCGUUUUGAAUUUGGGCCACAACGCCCUCACACGCAUCGAUUCGACCAUGUUCCGCGACUUGGCCAGCCUUCAAGUCCUCCGUUUGGAUUCGAAUUUGAUCGAAUCGGUCGAUGCGGAUGCGUUUUUGCCGCUGUUCAACUUGCACACGCUGGAUCUGUCCAACAACAGGAUCAGCAUCAUUAGCGAUCGGUUGCUGGGCGGACUUUUUGUCCUCAGUUCUCUGUCUGUCGGUUCGAAUCGCAUCCAUUCCAUCAGCGAGAACGCCUUCCGCAAUUGCAGCGGUCUCCGCGAUCUGGACCUUUCCGGUAACAGUUUGCAAUCCAUUCCGGAAGCUGUUGGUCAAUUGUCGCUGCUCAAGUCACUCGACUUGUCUUCCAAUCGCAUCACCCGGGCCGUCAAUUUGUCUUCCACUUGGCAGCAACUCUACAGCCUCAACCUGGCCGACAAUCACAUCCGCACGGUCAGCAAGGAAGCUUUUGCUGGAUUGGGUAAUUUGGUUGCUCUCAAUUUGGCCGGCAAUCAGCUGGAACAGUUGGAAGCCGGGACAUUUGAUCGCACUUCGGGCCUCCAAGUCUUGCGGCUGGACGGCAACAGCCUUACCGACGUCAACGGUCUAUUCGCCGGCCUGCACAAUCUUCGCUGGCUGAACGUGUCGGCCAAUCGAAUCCAGCUCUUUGACUACUCCUUCUUGCCGGCCAACGUCGAAUGGCUGGACAUUCAUCAGAACGCUCUGGCUGAAUUGGGCAAUUACUUCCAAAUCCAGCUGGCCAAUUUGCAAGCCAUCGAUGCCAGUUUCAACCAACUGUCGGACUUGACGUCCGACAGCGUGCCGGACAGUGUUGUCCAGCUCUUUGUCAACGACAACAAGAUAUCCAGCAUCGCCGCCAACACUUUUCUGAAGAAGGCCAAUCUCUCGCGAGUGGAUCUCAACUCGAACAAACUUCAAACACUCGAUCCAGCUGCUCUGUGGCUCAGUCCAGUGCCGGCCGAUCGAGACUUGCCCGAAAUUUCUCUCGGGGACAAUCCGUGGGAAUGCGAUUGCGGAUUGGAGUGGCUUCCGCUUCUGGUCCAGCCGAGCAGCGCAUCACGUCAGCAGCCGCGCCUGGUCGAUGCGGCCGACAUCACGUGCCGUUUGAGCUUCCGUCGUGACAGCCGGAACGAGACGGCUGGUGAAUCGUCGCUCGUACCUCUGGUGGAUGUCCGUCCGGAAGAGUUUCUCUGCUCCUACCAAACUCACUGCUUUGCCCUGUGCCAUUGCUGCGACUUUGACGCGUGCGAUUGCGAGAUGACGUGCCCUUCCGGAUGCAAUUGCUAUCACGAUCCGACGUGGUCGUCCAACAUCGUCGAUUGCUCUGCUUCCGCCGGUCCGCUCAACGAUUUGCCGGAAGGCAUCCCCAUGGAUGCCACUCAGCUCUACCUGGACGGCAACAACUUGACUGAAUUGUCCAGCCACGCCUUUAUCGGUCGCAAGAAUCUACGCACGCUCUACCUCAAUGGAAGCCGGAUUCAGACGUUGCGCAAUCGCACGUUUCACGGACUCGGCGCGCUCCAGGUGCUCCAGCUGGCCGACAAUGAACUGGAAGAGAUUCGCGGAUCCGAGUUCGAACCGCUGGAUCAUCUGAGGGAACUUUACUUGCAAAACAACAAGCUCCGUUUCAUUUCCGACACGGCCUUUGUCCACCUCCGCUCUCUGCAAGUCCUCCGGCUGGAUGGCAACCGACUGCUGACGUUCCCCUUGUGGCGGUUGGGCGUCAACCCGCAUCUCAAUCAACUGUCUUUGGGUUUGAACCCGUGGAGUUGCGAGUGUCGCUUCUUGGCCGACUUCCAGCAAUGGCUGGCCGCCCAUCCGCAGCAGCUGGUCGAUCCGGAUUCACUUCAUUGUCUGAUGGGCGACCAGCAGUUGAUUGGCUUCGACGAGUUUAAUCGCAGCUGCUCGGCAAAUCCUUCCAUCAGCGUCGUGACACGUUUCAGCGGCGCUUCCGUCAUGGAUUACGUUCCCGUCAUGGCUGCCGGAAUUUGCCUCUUUUUGCUGGGCGUCGUUGCCGUCGUCUUGGUGCUCAUCUACCGCCAGUCGGUUCGCAUUUGGAUCUUUUCUCGCUAUCGAAUCCGCCUCUGCGAUUCGAAAGCGGAAGAAUUGGACGCUUGCGUUUCGUCUUCCGGCCGCAAGGAGUCGAUGUUUGACGCUUUUGUCAGUUACAGCCUGAAAGACGAGCAGUUCGUGUCGCAGGUGUUGGCAGCGGAAUUGGAACACUCGGCCGAAGCUGGAUCCUCUUUCCGUCUCUGCCUUCAGCACAGAGAUUUCCCCACUCAUUCCGCAAGCGGCAAUGGCAGCAACAAUUCGGCUGGAGAUCCGCUCGCUUUGGGAUUGGCUGCCAGUCGCCGCAUCGUCUUGGUCAUUUCUCAGUCGUUCAUCGAAUCCGAGUGGACCCGACCCGAAGUGCGCACUGCCUUGACUGGAUUCUUGCGUCGUCCGCGGGCCCAUUUGGUGGCUGUUCUCCUCACUCCGUGGGCCGACGAUCAAUCCGAUCCGGAAUUGAGUCUCCUCCUCCGUUCUUCCGUUCUCAUCCGUUGGGGCGAACGCAAUUUCUGGCCCAAGAUCCGCUACUACUUGCCGGAUCCUACCCCUCGUCAGCAUUACAUCCGCAACAUCCACUCGUCCGGCAACGGCUUGUGGUACCAGACCAACAGUCCGGCUACCACCAACACGCUGUUGAGCUCGAAGCGGACGCUGCCUCAUCCGCUUCCGAUGGACGCCAUGAUGGACAAACAAGCCAACAACAAAUCGGAACUGUACUGGGAAGUGGCCAACGGACACGGUCAGAACAUCCCACGCCGCUACACGUCCACUCCGCACACGGCCGCUUACGCCUGCCGCAACGGCCAUCACGAUCCGAACGGUGACGAAAUGUCGUCCGUCUACUCCGGACAGUGCUACUCUCGACUGGAGCACAGCUACAUGUCUAUCGAUCACGGACACGAGCACAUUUACAGCAGCGUUCAAGAUCCAGCGGAAUUGCAUCACCAUCAUCAACACCAUCCGCAUCAGCAACACGCGCAGCAACGCCCAGACUGUUGGUCUUAUCAAUAUCCGCCUUUGCAUCAGCAUCCGGAAGCUGCUCAACAACAUCUGGUGAUCCAUCACGGAGUUCCUCGGCCGCCCUCGCAGCAGCCGGAUUUUCACUUCUCGAACCAUCAACAACAGCCGCAACGUUUUGUUUAAAGAUAAAAACAAAAAUUUUUAUUGCAAAAAAAAAGACAAAAAAAUUCCUAUACAUCUUUAAGAAUCCGGAAUAAUUGCGGAUUGUUUUUUAUUGUAACAUUUUGUGCAUAUUAUCAAAAAAAAAAAAAAAUUAAGGAAAACUUCUUUCCUUGUGUAUAACUCCUCCAUGUAGACGGUUUUCAAAAUGACGACUUGGAACGAAAAAAAAAAAAACGGGAGUGGUUUGAUUUGUAUAGUCUUCCUAGUCACGUGAUCUGCCCUUUUCCCCACGUCUUUUUUUCCCCCUAAUUUUUGAUUAAAGGCGCUCAUUAUCAUCAUCUUGUGUCCUCUUUCGUUUUUGAUUUUGUCUAUUAUUAUUAUUUUUAAAAAAUCUAAUUGGACUAUAUGCCAUGAAAUUGAAGAUAUACAGCAACAAGAAGAAAAUUCAACAUUUUUGUUUAUCCGUGUGUGUAUGUGUGUGUGUAUACAAAGAAAUGAUUGUGCCGCUGUGUGCUAAGAAGGAAACGUGUAUUUGUGUCGGGAUCGGAAAGACAUACAUUUUUUUAUAUAUUAUAUAUAUAUAUAUAUAUUAUAUCGCGAUGCAAUACAAUGCCUUUUCUCAGUUGAA